CUGAAAGUGUCACAACUCUGCGUAAUGGACUCAAAUACGGACCGAAGGAUCGAGCUUUCAUGGUUCGCGCCGAGGUACAACAUUCAGCAUCCGACCAGAGCAUUGGGCACUUUAGUGACGUGGCAUUCGGUCAUGACAUUCCAACCUAUCCCGUGGCCGUGUCAGUCCAAAGUCCAGCGUGGCUUGACAUGAACGUGCACGUACCCUCCGCAUCCAAGCUGGUGAACCGUCUGUGGGUUCUGUACAGUCCGUGCACUUUGGUGACCUUCUCUGCACUGCCUGCCGUGAGUCACGGGGCACCGGCCAGCUCAGACACAGACACACACAUGGUACAAGCACACGCCGACGACUGUCAAUACCGUAUUGCACACACAUUAGGUGUGGGUGUGCAUGCAAGACACCCCAUUCACGAGCAGAUUGAGCGGGUGACAGGCACCGCCACGCACACGCGUGUGUCUCCGGGUGUGCACACCGUUUCUCCAGAGGUGCGAGUUGGCAUGUCUGUACCUGAUAAUGUAUCUGCGCCUGUACAGCCAGGGGUAAGCGGUGCUAGUGUGCCGGUCGCGACUAUACAGGCGGGUACAAACCGGUCCCAUAGUAGCUCGCAAGAGGUCGAGGGGUCUGAUGAUAUGAAAAGGCCAUUGCAGAACACACAUCAAGAAGCGCUGGCCGAUAUGCUCGCCAGAGUGCAGAAAGUCUUUCCGUCGCACGACCGAGAGGUUAUAAUGGGAGACCUACGAGAAACCAUGAAUGUGGAUGCUACGAUCGAAAAUGUGAUCACUGGGGCCUUACAAUUCCCGCCCAACGCACCAACAAGUACCGAACCGACGGGUAAGCACGAGAUGUCAUAUGACAGACACACGGGGAGUCAGCUGGGCACAAGCAGUGCCGCCACAGCUGCGGUGGAUGACAGUAGGGGAGGGUACAAUGGUUCCGAGAGCUCUACCAGCGUACACACACAAAACACUGUCACACAACCACACACACAGGAUGUGGGAGCACACACGGCCCAGCGAACGGAUGUGCAGCCGGGUGCGUGCGCUGUUCACUUGUUGGCGUCGCACACAGACAGACAGUUUAGUGACAAGAUGCUGGCGGCGUAUAUCGAUUGUGGCUCGGAUAUCCCUACGGCGUGGUCGUACGAUGAUUCACUGAGCAAAAAGAAGCUCGACCUCAUCGUGGGUGCGAGGAAGAGCGAGGCAAGUGCAAACUAA